UUAAUUUUGUAUUAUUUAUUUUAUUAAAAUACAAAAUAUAAUGUAUGUUGAACUGAUGACACCUGUCUCUCUCAAAAACCCCAUUAGCUUAUUGGCAUGGCGCUUCAAGCCAGGUGGCGGACAAACAGGGGGAGAGACGUAAGGGCCGCCACCUGUAACACUGCCGCCACAACCUCAUCUUCUACACCCAACGCGUGUUACUAUAAACCCUCCCCGCUGUUAAACCCUCGUUCGCUCCAAACCUCCAUUUAAAUGAACCCCAUGAGGUGGUGAUCACUCUGCGGUAAGUUUGUUCUUGUUCUAAUUCUAUCGGUCGUCCAAAAUGAGCCAGCAACAACGCCCACGGCCAACCCAACCUACAACAGAACCCAUCAAAUACAGCGAUGUUUUUCCUGUUUCCGGUAGCCUUGCGUCCAAACCCAUUGCGCCCCAGGAUGCAGCCACCAUGCAGUCUGCUGAAAAUACUGUUCUGGGAAACACCCAAAAGGGCGGCCCGGCCGCCGUCAUGAAUUCGGCGGCCACCAAGAACGAGAGGGCCGGACUUGUCAGUCACGAGCAGGUUACUGAUGUUGUCGCCACUGACGGUGUGACUAUAUCGCAGGCUAACGUGGCAGGCAGCCGUAUCAUCACCGAGGCGGUCGGUGAUCAGGUUGUUGGCGAAUAUGCUAGGCCACCACCGGUGGCAAUGACUUCCCCAGCUUCCGCUCUCGACCGCGACGCCAUCACAAUCGGCGAAGCACUGCAGGCCACGGCUCUCUCUGCCGGCAACAAGCCCGUCGAUCAGAGCGACGCGGCGGCGAUACAAGUAGCCGAGAUGAGAGCCACCGGAAGCAGCGAAGUAGUUCCGGGUGGCAUAGCCGCCCAGGCACAAUCUGCAGCAACAACCAAUGCCCGUCUGAUCCUAGAUGAAAACAAGACUAAGCUCUCCGACAUUCUCACGGAUGCGACGGCUAAGCUGCCGGAUGACAAACCGGCGACGCGUGAAGAUGCAGAAAGGGUGAUAGGUGCGGAGCUAAGGAACGAUCCUAACAUGGUUACGUACCCUGGUGGAGUGGCGGAGUCGGUGGCAGCAGCUGCCAGGCUCAACCAAAGUACAAAGUAAAAGUAGCGUUUUUUUUUUCCUUCGUUUUUUUUCGCUGUGGCAUAACAUCGAAUAGGUGGUGUGGGUUUAGAGUUUCAUAAAAGACACUGAACUUUUCAUUAAGAGUUGAAAUGUGUGUCAUAAAAAUAGAUCGUUUGUGGGA